AUGCUCAAGCAGAUUCUCAGUAAAGUUUCCCGGAAACAGUCCAAAUCGUCCAAAAAUCAAGAAUCGUUAAGCAACCUAACCCCAAAUUCAACCUCUUCUAGCUCAAAGAGAAGCGAUUUAGGAAGCGGGAAUUCAAGAAAGCUUGUAAACGCCGAUAUUUCCUCACCUUUGGAUUCCAGAUUCAAUCCAGGCGAGAAGAAUUUCCGCAAUGGUAAUCCUGUAAGUGUUUCUUACGAAGCUCUACCAAGUUUCAGAGACGUUUCAAGCAAUGAAAAACAGAAUUUAUUCAUAAAAAAGGUCGCCAUGUGUUCUGUAAUCUUUGAUUUCACCGACCCCACAAAAAACCUCAAAGAAAAAGAAAUCAAAAGACAAACUUUACUAGAAUUAGUCGAUUUUGUUGCGUCUAGCAACGUUAAAUUCACAGAAUCAGUCAUGCAAGAGUUUGUGAAAAUGGUAUCUGCAAAUUUAUUUCGUGAACUCACUCCACAACCCCGUGAUUGCAAAAUCUUGGAAUCAUACGAUCUUGAAGAAGAAGAACCAUGUAUGGAUCCCUCAUGGCCUCAUUUACAAAUCGUUUAUGAACUUCUACUAAGAUUCAUAGCCUCCCCAGAAGCCGAUGCCAAAAUUGCAAAAAAGUACAUCGAUCACUACUUUGUUCUUAAAUUGUUAGACAUGUUUGAUUCUGAAGAUCCAAGAGAACGUGAGUACUUAAAGACAAUUCUUCAUAGGGUUUAUGGUAAAUUCAUGGUUCAUCGUCCUUUUAUAAGGAAAUCUAUCAACAAUAUCUUUUAUAGAUUUGUGUUAGAAACCGAAAAGCAUAAUGGGAUUGCAGAACUUUUGGAGAUUUUAGGGAGUAUUAUCAAUGGGUUUGCUUUGCCAUUGAAGGAAGAACAUAAGUUGUUUCUUUCAAGGGCUUUGAUUCCAUUGCAUAAACCGAAAUGUUUGGCCAUGUAUCAUCAACAAUUAUCAUAUUGUAUUACUCAAUUUGUUGAGAAAGAUUGUAAAUUGGCUGAUAUGGUGAUAAGGGGUUUGUUGAAGUAUUGGCCUGUUACAAAUAGUUCAAAGGAGAUUAUGUUUUUGGGUGAAUUGGAAGAGGUUCUUGAAGCUACACAACAACCUGAAUUUCAUCGGUGUAUGGUGCUUUUGUUUAAACAAAUUGCUCGUUGCUUGAAUAGUUUGCAUUUUCAGGUGGCAGAAAGAGUUCUAUUCUUCUGGAACAAUGAUCACAUUGAGAAUCUAAUCAGACAAAAUCGGAAAGUAAUCCUCCCCAUAAUCUUUCCAGCACUUGAAAGAAAUGGGAGAUAUCAUUGGAAUCAAGCUGUUCAUAGUUUGACUUUAAAUGUCAGGAAAAUCUUCUUUGACCUUGACCCUGAACUUUUCAAUGAGUGUUUGCUCAAUUUCCAAGAAGAAGAGGCAAAGGAAGAUAAGAUGAAAUCUAGACGUGAAGCCACGUGGAAACGAUUAGAAGAAAUUGGUGCAGAUAAAGCUUCAAGUAAUGAAGCUGUUCUUGUGAAUUAGGGUUGAAUUCUAAAGAUUCAAGCUUUUGUAAUCCUGUUUUGGGAAAGCUACAAGUUGUUUUGUAAAUUUGGGCUGUUUUUUAUUGUUGUAGGAGGAUAAUGUGGUACAUUUAGUUCGAUAAACUAGCUAAAAGCAAUGCAU